CCAUUUUCACAACUACACCAUAUGAAACUACACCAAGUGAGUCUGGGACAACAGUUAUGAUUACAGAAACAACCACAGACACCAUUUCUACAACUACACCACAUGAAACCACACCAAGUGAGUCUGGGACAACAGUUAUGAUUACAAAAACAACCACAGACACCAUUUCUACAACUACACCACAUGAAACUACACCAAGUGAGUCUGCCACAACAGAUGUGAUUUCAGAAACAACCACAGAGCCCCUUUCUACAACUCCACUAUUUGAAACUACACCAAGUGAGUCAGCCACAACAGAUGUGAUUUCAGACACAACCACAUACCCCCUUUCUACAACUCCACCAUAUGGAACUACACCAAGUGAGUCAGCCACAACUGAUGGGACUUCAGAAACAACCACAGACACGAUUUCUACAACUACACCAUAUAAAACUACACCAAGCGAGUCUGCCACAACAGAUGGGACUUCAGAAACAACCACAGACACCAUCUCUACAACUACACCAUAUGAAACUACACCAAGUGAGUCUGCCACAACAUAUGGGACUUCAGAAACAACCACAGACCACUUUUCUACAACUACACCAUAUGAAACUACACCAAGUGAGUCUGCCACAACAGAUGGGACUUCAGAAACAACCAUAGACACGAUUUCUACAACCACACCAUAUGAAACUACACCAAGUGAUUCAGCCACAACAGAUGGGACUUCAGAAACAACCACAAACACGAUUUCUACAACUACACCAUAUGAAACUACACCAAGCGAGUCUGCGACAACAGUUAUGAUUUCAGAAACAACCAUAGACCCCUUUCUACAACUACACCAUAUGAAAAUACACCAAGUGAGUCUUCCACAACAGUUGUGACUUCAGACACAACCAUAGACACCAUUUCUACAACUACACCAUAUGAAACUACACCAAGUGAGUCUGCCACAACAGAUGGGACUUCAGAAACAACCACAGACCACUUUUCUACAACUACACCAUAUGAAACUACACCAAGUGAGUCUGCCACAACAGAUGGGACUUCAGAAACAACCAUAGACACGAUUUCUACAACCACACCAUAUGAAACUACACCAAGUGAUUCAGCCACAACAGAUGGGACUUCAGAAACAACCACAAACACGAUUUCUACAACUACACCAUAUGAAACUACACCAAGCGAGUCUGCGACAACAGUUAUGAUUUCAGAAACAACCAUAGACCCCUUUUCUACAACUACACCAUAUGAAAAUACACCAAGUGAGUCUUCCACAACAGUUGUGACUUCAGACACAACCAUAGACACCAUUUCUACAACUACACCAUAUGAAACUACACCAAGUGAGUCUGCCACAACAGAUGGGACUUCAGAAACAACCACCUACACGAUUUCUACAACUACACCAUAUGAAACUACACCAAGUGAGUCUGCCACAACAGAUGGGACUUCAGAAACAACCACAGACCCCUUUUCUACAACUACACCAUAUGAAACUACAACAAGUGAGUCUGCGACAACAGUUAUGAUUUCAGAAACAACCACAGACCCCUUUUCUACAACUACACUAUAUGAAACUACAACAAGUGAGUCUGCGACAACAGUCAUGAUUUCAGAAACAACCAUAGACCCCUUUUCUACAACUACACCAUAUGAAACUACACCAAGUGAGUCUUCCACAACAGUUGUGACUCCAGACACAACCACAGACCCCUUUUCUACAACUACACCACAUGAAACUACACCAAGUGAGUCUUCCACAACAGUUGUGACUUCAGACACAACCACAGACCCCUUUUCUACAACUACACCAUAUGAAACUACACCAAGUGAGUCUGCCACAACAGAUGUGACUUCAGAAACAACCACACACACCUUUCCUACAUCUACACUAUAUGAAACAACAGCAACAAGUGAGUCUUCCACAACACUUGUGACUUCAGCAACAACCACAGACAUUUCUCCUUCAACUACACCAUUUGGAUCUACAGUAACAAGUGAGUCUGCUACAACAGUUGAGACUUUAGCAACAACCACAGCAAUCUCAUCUACAAGUACACAAUAUGAAACUACAUCAACAAGUGGAAUUACCACAACAGUCAAGACUGCUGAAACAACUACAGUUAACGCUAUGACAUCCACAUCAAUAGCCACAACUAGUGCCACAGAAACCAGCACUACAACUAUAAAACCACUUAUCAAUUGUCAAAAUGGCGGAACUCCAACAGAAAAUGGCUGCUACUGCCCACCUCUUUUUACAGGAAAUGAGUGCCAACAUAUUCAAGUUGAAAUAUCAGGUGAAAUUGAAAGGACAGCCAUUGCUGAAAUAGAAAUAAAUAGUGAAUAUAACCCUAAAUACAAUGAUUCAUCCUCAGAAGAAUAUAAAAGCUUUGUACUAUACUUCAAAAGUCAGAUGGAGCCAUACUACCGUGACAAAAUUACAAACUUCAGGAAUAUAACAAAUGUAGAACUCAGUGAAGGGACAACUAUCACAGCCCGAAAGCAGAGAAUGAGGAGAGAAAUAGAAAAAAAUACUUUUAAAAGUGUAAAUGCUAAGCAUGACAUUGUUGUACAAAUCGAUACCAAUGAUCCGAAUGAGGACUAUAAUAAGGUCUUUCAGUCCAUCAAAGAAUCUGUUGAAUUGAUAAAGGACUGUACUCCAACAAUAUCUAGCUGCCCAAAUUUUACUGUUAUUGAUGUCCAGGUCAACAAAACUGAACUGAGUGACACAGAGUACUGUCUGCUAGUUACUGAAUUGCUUCCUGAGGAGUAUCGCCAAUUUUUCAGUCCUGCUACUGUGCAGGGCGAACUAAAAUGUGUCACUCAAUGUCAUCCUAAUCAUCCUAAUCCAAGGAUUUGCAAAAACAAGGGUACCUGUGAGGUUUCCAAGGAAGGACCAGCCUGUUACUGUACACAGUCAGAUGCAAAUUGGUAUCUUGGAGAAGACUGCGAAUACCAAAUUCACAAAGUGGGCUUCUAUGCUGGAAUGGCAGUUGUUGCUGUGGUUUUAGUAUUAACUGUAGCAGUGCUUUCAGCAAAAAUCUUGCUUAAUAAAAGAAAACAGAAGAGGUAUAAAGACAAUAAGGAAGCGCUUGUAAAUCAGUGGAUAGACGAAGACUUUGAGUGGCCUUCGCAAAACAGAUCAAACACAACACAUUUGGUUGAGGCAUAUGAUAAUCCUGCACAAUCAAAUGAGAACGUCUUCAGCAUGACUACCACACCUACCAGAACAGCUUCUUCCACACAUCCUUCUUCCCACCAUUUUGAUUUGCCCCAAAAUGGAAUUUCACUUCAGUAUCUGCGAAAUAAUCACCCCAUGGAAAUGAACCCACCUCAGAUGUACACUUCUUCAAGGCCACAAACAUACAACUCCGAUGUAUGAUGAUUAGCAUCAUCACACAUUCCCAAAAUUAAAAACUUUGUUAAAAAAGGGGUUUUAUCCAUGGAGAACAGCAUUUAGAUUAGACUUGAUUAAAGAAGCCUUUUCUACAAUUUCCACAGAUUAUUCUAGAUACUUUUAAAUUACUUUACAUUUAAUGCAUUUAUUUUUUGAAAUAUCUUACCAUAUUUAUUUAGAUCCUAUACUGUACACUAUAUUUUAGAAUGUCUUUAUUAAUGAUUUAUAACAGAUUUUAUAUCUGUCGUACAGUAACUGUGGUUGAGUCAGUAUUUUUGCUAAUAAAUGCACAAUUCAUUAAAUAUAUUUAUUACGUUGUCUUUAAAAAAAUUAUAUAUAUAUAUA